AUGGGUGUUGCUAGUGCCGGAGUUUGGUUUUUGAUCGGAUUCGCUGCUGCCCGGGCGGGCUGCAGUGCCGUAACACCGGAACAACGAUACUUUGAGACCCACUUCGCGGACCCACCACCGCCGCCGCCACACACGGACACGGAUUCGAACGGACGUAACGCACUGCGCCUCGAGUACUACAAGUGGCCAAACGGAGUGGUGCCGUACACGUUCGCCGAGGGAUUCAGUGGCCACGAGCAAGCCGUCAUUCUGGAGGCCAUGGAUGUGUUGCAGCAGCAAACGUGUGUGUACUUCAUCCCGAAAACGCCGGACCAGUGGGAACACAUUCGCUUUGUGCGCUCGGAGUGGGGCUGCGGAUCGGUUAUCGGGUACCGUCGCGGACAGGGUGACCCGCUCGACGUGGCGCUGGACAACUUUUGCCUCGCACUGCCCGGAGCCAUCCAGCACGAGUUGCUGCACGUGUUGGGUCUGUUCCACGAGCACACGCGCCCGGAUCGGGACGACUACGUGGAGAUAUUUUGGGACAACAUCGAACCAGACGAACGACACAAUUUCUACAAAGGUUCGUGGGAUUACAUGGAAACGUUCGGCCUACCGUACGACUACGGCAGCCUGAUGCACUAUCCGGGCACUCUGGGAAACACCGUUUACAUGGUGUCACGCUGGAACGCAAGUAUUCCUUUGGGCCAAACCGAUGGAGCGAGCUAUUACGAUCUGCAGAAAGUUCGGUACAUGUACCCGUGUUCGUGA